AUGUACGGCACAUCUACUGGUCCUCAGACCGGCAUCAAUACCCCCCGAUCCUCUCAAUCCCUCCGUCCUCUCAUCAUUUCACAUGGUUCCCUCGAGUUCCCUUUCCUUAUUCCAACUUCUCUCCAUUUCCACGCCUCGCAGUUGAAAGACAGCUUCACAGCAUCAUUACCCGAGCCCACAGAUGAAUUGGCUCUCGAUGAUGAGCCCUCAUCCGAGGCCGAGUUGGUAGCCCGCUACAUUGGUCAUGUGGCUCAUGAGGUUGAGGAGGGUGAGGAUGAUGCUCAGGGCAGUUACCAAGAGGUCCUUAAGCUCAUUUUGAACGAGUUUGAGCGUGCCUUUAUGCGUGGUAAUGAUGUCCACGCUGUAGCCGCUGCCCUUCCGGGUAUCGUCCCUAAAAAGAACCAGGUCGUCCAGUUCUACUACGCCGGACGUGCCGCCGCAGGCCGGCCUAACAAGCCCUACAAUUCAGCUCUUUUCCGUGCUGCCUCUGAUAAGGCCGCUGGCAUUUACACCGUUUUUGGUGGUCAAGGAAACAUUGAGGAGUACUUUGACGAGCUCCGUGCCAUCUACACUACCUACCCCUCCUUUGUAGAGGAACUUAUUACUGCCUCUGCAGAGCUCUUGCAAACACUCUCACGCGAACCUGAAGCUAGCAAGCUCUAUCCUAAGGGCUUAGAUAUCCUGCAAUGGUUGAAGGACAAGGAUGCUCAGCCCGAUACCGACUACCUGGUCUCGGCCCCCGUCAGUCUGCCUUUGAUCGGUCUGGUCCAGCUAGCCCACUUCAUGGUCACUUGCAAGGUCAUGGGAUGCCAACCCGGUGAUCUACUCGAGCGUGUCCGGGGUACUACUGGUCACUCACAGGGUGUUGUAACUGCCGCCGCUAUUGCGACUGCCACCACCUGGGAGUCCUUUGCCAAGGCUUCAAGUGAUGCUUUGACUAUGCUCUUCUGGAUUGGUCUGCGCAGCCAACAAGCCUAUCCUCGCACCUCCCUUGCCCCUUCGGUCCUCCAGGACUCGAUUGAGCACGGCGAGGGUAUUCCCACUCCCAUGCUGUCCAUUCGAGAUCUUUCCCGUUCAGCUGUCCAGGAACACCUUGAUGCCACCAACCAGCACUUGCCCGAGGAUCGCCACGUUGCAAUCUCCCUGGUAAACAGUGCCCGCAACUUUGUGGUCAAGGCCCCUACCGGCCUAGACCAGAACCGUGUUCCCUUCACCCAGCGCAAGGUCCGGUUUGUCAACCGCUUCCUUCCUAUUACUGCUCCUUUCCACAGUCAAUAUCUCACUUCAGCCUAUGACAAGAUCCUGGAAGAUUUGGAGGACAUUGACAUGCCCGCCAAGUCUCUCCAGAUCCCCGUCUUUGAUACCAAGACUGGAGAGGAUUUGCGCCAGUUGGGCGACAAGAGCGCCGUUCCAUCCUUGGUCCGUAUGAUCACUCAUGAUGCGGUCAACUGGGAACAAGCUACCGUCUUCCCUGGUGCUACCCACAUCGUCGACUUUGGCCCUGGUGGCAUUUCUGGUCUGGGUGUCCUCACCAACCGGAACAAGGAUGGUACUGGUGUCCGGGUUAUUCUUGCUGGAGAAAUGGACGGCACCAACGCAGAGGUUGGCUAUAAGCCUGAGUUGUUUGAUCGCGACGAACACUCUGUGAAUUAUGCUGUGGACUGGGUCAAGGAACAUGGCCCACGUCUUGUGCAGACCUCUACCGGUCAGACUUACGUGGACACCAAGAUGAGUCGUCUUUUGGUCGCAUGGGACUUUGUGGCUGCUACAAUGAACGCAGGCUACCACAUUGAGUUGGGUGGUGGUGGUUACUAUAAUGCGAAGAUGAUGACCGAGGCAGUCACCAAGAUUGAGAAGGCCAUCCCACCAGGACGUGGUAUCACUAUCAACUUGAUCUAUGUCAACCCCCAUGCAAUGGCCUGGCAGAUUCCUCUGAUUGGCCGCCUGCGCGCCGACGGUGUGCCCAUCGAGGGUCUGACCAUUGGUGCUGGUGUGCCCUCCAUCGAAGUGGCCAAUGAAUACAUCGAGACCCUUGGCAUCAAGCACAUCGCCUUCAAGCCCGGCUCUGUCGAUGCGAUCCAGCAGGUGAUCAACAUCGCCAAGGCCAACCCCAAGUUCCCCAUCCUUUUGCAGUGGACUGGCGGUCGCGGCGGUGGUCACCACUCGUUUGAGGACUUCCACCAGCCUAUUCUUCAGAUGUACAGCCGUAUCCGCAAACAAGACAACAUUGUCCUCGUUGCUGGUAGCGGUUUCGGUGGAGCAGAGGAUACCUACCUCUACCUCUCAGGUUCCUGGUCCGCUAAGUUCGGUUACCCCCCUAUGCCCUUCGACGGCUGUCUUUUUGGUAGUCGAGUGAUGAUUUCCAAGGAGGCACACACCUCUAAGAACGCCAAGAAGGCCAUUGCCGAUGCUCCUGGUGUGGAUGAUGCGGAGUGGGAGAAGACCUACAAGGGUGCUACCGGUGGUGUUGUCACUGUCUUGUCUGAGAUGGGUGAGCCGAUCCACAAAUUGGCCACCCGUGGUGUCCUGUUCUGGAAGGAAAUGGACGACAAGAUCUUCAAGCUGGACAAGGCCAAGCGCGUUCCCGAGCUGAAGAAGCAGCGAAACUACAUAAUCAAGAAGCUUAACGAUGAUUUCCACAAGGUGUGGUUCGGCCGCAAUGCCACAGGUGAAACCGUGGACCUGGAAGACAUGACCUACACCGAGGUUGUACACCGUAUGGUCGAACUGAUGUACAUCAAGCACGAGUCUCGCUGGAUUGAUGACUCGCUCAAACGCCUGACCGGUGAUUUCCUGCGCCGUGUUGAGGAGCGUUUCACCACCACUGAAGGCCAAGCUUCGUUGCUGCAGAACUACACUGAGCUCGAUAGUCCUUAUCCGGCUGUUGACAAUAUUAUUGCCGCCUACCCCGACGCUUCGGCUCAAUUGAUCAACGCUCAGGAUGCACAGCACUUCCUGCUCCUCUGCCAGCGCCGAGGACAGAAGCCCGUUCCCUUCGUUCCUGCACUCGAUGAGAACUUCGAGUAUUUCUUCAAGAAGGACUCAUUGUGGCAGAGUGAAGAUCUCGAGGCUGUUGUUGACCAAGAUGUUGGCCGUACCUGUAUUCUUCACGGUCCUAUGGCUGCUCGAUUCUCCAAUGUUAUUGAUGAGCCUGUCAAGGACAUUCUGGACGGUGUACACAAUGGCCACAUUGCAGGCCUACUUCGUGAUGUCUACGGCGGCGACAAGUCCAAGAUUCCUGUGAUCGAGUACUUUGGCGGCAAGCUGAUUAGUGAUGAGAAUGAGCCUGAGGUAGAUGGCUUGACUAUCUCGGAAGAGACCGACAAGAUCAGCUUCCGUCUGUCAUCCUCUUCUCCCGCCGACCUACCUGACUUGGACCGCUGGCUUCGUCUACUGGCUGGUGAAAAAUACUCUUGGCGCCAUGCUCUCUUCCUGGCCGAUGUUUUCGUCCAGGGCCACCGUUUCCAAACCAACCCUAUGAAGCGGAUUGUGGCCCCUACCGCCGGCAUGUUCGUCGAGAUCACCAACCCGAAUGAUCCUGCCAAGACUGUUGUCAGCGUUCGUGAACCUUACCAAUCUGGCAAGCUUGUGAAGACCGUUGAAGCCAAGGUCAAUGAAAAUGGCGAGAUCAGUUUGUCUUUGUUUGAGGGCCGCACUGCAGAGGGUGGUGUUGUUCCCCUGACCUUCCUGUUCACUUACCACCCAGAUACCGGCUAUGCCCCUAUCCGUGAGGUUAUGGGAGACCGCAAUGAUCGCAUCAAGGAGUUUUACUACCGGAUCUGGUUCGGCACCAAGGACGUGCCCUUCGACACACCCACCACCGCCACUUUCAACGGUGGCCAGGAGACCAUCACUUCUCAGGCUGUGGCAGACUUCGUCCACGCUGUUGGCAAUACUGGCGAGGCUUUUGUUGACCGCCCCGGAAAAGAGGUAUUCGCUCCUAUGGACUUUGCCAUUGUGGCAGGUUGGAAGGCCAUCACGAUGCCCAUCUUCCCUCGCACCAUUGACGGUGACUUGUUGAAGCUGGUUCAUCUGUCCAACGGCUUCAAGAUGGUUCCUGGCGCUCAGCCUUUGAAGGUCGGCGACGUCCUUGAGACUACUGCUCAGAUCAACGCUGUGAUCAACCAGGAGUCCGGCAAGAUGGUCGAGGUGUGCGGUACUCUUACUCGUAAUGGCCAAGCCAUUAUGCAAGUAACCAGCCAGUUCUUGUACCGUGGUGCCUACUCUGACUUCGAGAACACCUUCCAGCGCAAGGAGGAGGUUCCCAUCCAGGUUCACCUGGCGACAACUCGAGAUGUCGCUAUUCUCCGCUCGAAGGAGUGGUUCCGCAUGGAUGAGUCUGACAUUGAGCUUCUGGGCCAAACCCUCACUUUCCGUCUCCAGAGCUUAAUCCGCUUCAAGAACACUACUGUCUUUAGCAACGUCCAGACCAUCGGUCAGGUUCUGGUUGAGCUUCCUACCAAGGAGGUCAUUCAGGUGGCGUCGGUAGACUACGAAGCUGGAACUUCUCACGGUAACCCAGUGAUUGAUUACCUCCAGCGUAACGGUACCUCCAUUGAACAGCCUGUCUACUUUGAAAACCCCAUCCCUCUCAGCGGCAAGACUGCUCUGGAGCUGCGUGCUCCCGCCUCCAACGAGACCUAUGCCCGCGUUUCUGGAGACUACAACCCCAUCCACGUUUCUCGUGUUUUCUCCAGCUACGCCAAUCUCCCUGGUACCAUCACCCACGGCAUGUACAGCAGUGCUGCCGUGCGUAGCCUCGUCGAGACCUGGGCAGCUGAGAACAAUAUUGGCCGUGUUCGUGGAUUCCACGUUUCUCUGGUCGGCAUGGUGCUGCCCAACGAUAUGAUCACUGUCAAGCUCCAGCAUGUCGGUAUGAUUGCCGGUCGCAAGAUCAUCCAGGUUGAGGCUAGCAACAAGGAAACCGAGGAGAAGGUCCUUGUGGGCGAGGCCGAGGUUGAGCAGCCUGUCACCUCCUACGUCUUCACCGGCCAGGGCUCUCAGGAACAAGGUAUGGGUAUGGAGCUCUAUGCCAGCAGUCCCGUCGCAAAAGAGGUCUGGGAUCGUGCUGAUCGCCACUUUAUGGAUAACUACGGUCUCUCCAUUAUUGACAUUGUCAAGAACAACCCCAAGGAGCUCACUGUCUACUUCGGUGGUCCUCAGGGUAAGGCUAUCCGCGAGAACUACAUGGCAAUGACAUUCGAGACUGUGAACGCCGAUGGCUCGAUCAAAUCUGAGAAGAUCUUCAAGACCAUUGACGCGGAAACUGCCUCGUACACAUACCGCUCACCAACCGGCCUGCUGUCUGCAACUCAAUUUACUCAGCCCGCUCUGACUCUGAUGGAGAAGGCCAGCUUUGAGGACAUGCGCUCCAAGGGUCUGGUCCAGCGUGACAGCAGCUUCGCUGGUCACUCCCUUGGUGAAUACUCAGCCCUCGCUGCCCUAGCAGAUGUCAUGCCCAUUGAGAGCUUGGUGUCUGUCGUGUUCUACCGUGGUCUGACCAUGCAAGUUGCCGUCGAGCGUGAUGAGCAGGGUCGCUCAAACUACUCAAUGUGCGCUGUCAACCCCAGCCGUAUCUCCAAGACCUUCAACGAGCAGGCUCUGCAGUACGUUGUUGAGGUCAUUGCUGAGCAAACUGGCUGGCUUCUGGAGAUUGUCAACUACAACGUGGCUAACAUGCAAUAUGUUGCCGCUGGUGAUCUCCGUGCUCUUGACUGUCUCACCAACCUCUUGAACUUCCUGAAGGCUCAAAACAUCGACAUCCCCACCCUCAUGCAGACCAUGUCCUUGGAGGAUGUCAAGGCUCACCUGGUGAGCAUCAUCCAGGAGUGUGUCAAGCAAACAGAUGCCAAGCCUCGGCCAAUCCAGUUGGAGCGUGGCUUCGCUACAAUCCCUCUCAAGGGUAUUGACGUACCAUUUCACAGCACCUUCUUGCGAUCUGGUGUCAAGCCCUUCCGCUCUUUCUUGUUGAAGAAGAUCAACAAGACUACCAUCGAUCCUAGCAAGCUCGUUGGCAAGUACAUUCCUAACGUCACUGCUCGUCCAUUCGAGAUCACAAAGGAGUACUUUGAGGAUGUCUACCGCCUCACUAACUCCCCUCGUAUCGCCUCCAUCUUGGCGAACUGGGACAAGUACGAAGAGGGCACUGAGGCUGCCGCCCGUGCCGCUUAA